GCAAGUUAUACACCAAAAAAAGGUAUGAUUUGUCCGUUGGUGGCGCUGGCACCGCAUAGAAUGACAAAUGACAUACGGGGCACUCACCUCCAAAGCUAGGCAUCAACAGAGAAUGGUCACUAGGUAUCUAGACAUGCAGGAAACCCGGCCGUCCAUUAUCAGGAUGUGCAGCUAAAUGACUCUCGUCGCCGUACGAAGGGCCUUUACUCCUCCACAGCGUUGCUUUUGUUUGGCACAUGCAUCCUGUUUUGGAAACCGUCAGCUGUCGAGGAAGCUCUUCAGGCAUCUCCGCAUGCAGGACACAUUCUUGACUUCUCGAAAUUACCGGGAUUAUCUCCUGAAAUCCCAUCGAACAGCUUCGAUGUCUAAAGUAUUUGCCCUGGUCUACGUGGCUCCACCAGAGUCAUGACACAAGCUUGAAGAAGGACAUGUUAGCGGAAUGAUGGAACAUAUUCUUGAUCGACUCCUCGAGCAUAUAAACCCACGCUUUGCCGGCCCUUGACAACUAACCUUUGCUACUCAAGCUCAAGUUCAAGCUCACGCAGCCGCUCCCAAGCCCCUCAGCUCACUCCAAGCCUACCAUCAAAUCUCCCGUAUCAACCAUACACCCGUCUCAUCAAGAUGCAGCCCACCGAGAACCUCAUCCACCCCGAGGGGCCCGUCGUCGUCUCCAUCCCAGAAGGUGCGAAAAUCCACAUUACCGGUAUGACGAAUGCGGACUUCCACCAGAGGGUCACCGUAAAGGAAAUUGGUAAAGAGGAGUAUAUCUUCGAAGGGCACGGUGAAGCUCAGCCCAUGCUCCUCAAGGGAGGAGCCAACAGCGUUGACCUUGAGCCCAUCGCUGGCUCUGGGUUCCGCACGUGGACAAUCAAUUUCCAGAACUCCAGCUCGGGGUCAGAUGACUCCUACAGGGUGUCGAAGGUCCUGCGUCCCAUCUACAACACCGUUUACGAUAACGACUACAAUGUCCGAAGCAUGCAGUGGGAGAUUGCCAGCGAGGACAACGUUGACGAUGACUACAAUGAUGCCAUCAUCCGUAUCGUUGCCGACAUCUAAGUGGGUUUAGUAUGGACUUAGUGGAGGUGUCGUAUCUGUCCAUCUGUACCUCGCAUUUAUUCAUUCGGGUAACCCUGCUCGAGAAUGAGUUACCUGGAUGGAACCGCUUGAAGAAGAAUGCGUUUUUGUGCAUAUGAUGACGUGACGAUAAAUAAUUACUCAACUUCUAAUAA